AUGGCAGCACCACGGGGCGUGGCCAAUAUCCUCGCCAAAUCACCCACCGACAUCGUCAUCCUCUCUUCUGUCCGCACGCCCAUCACCCGCUCCUACAAAGGCCAGUUCAAAGACGCCUACCCCGAGGAACUACUAGCCUCCGUGCUGAAGCACGUCCGUGAAAACACCAUCCCCGGCACAGAUCUCGGCCCCCUCGUGGAAGAUGUAGGCGUGGGCGUGGUGCUCUCUGAACUGGGCGGCUCCAAGGCAGCCCGGAUGGCCAUGAACCACGUCGGCUACCCUAACUCGACGUCCUUAUUCACCAUCAACCGCGCGUGUUCGUCUUCCCUGCAGGCAAUCACGUCCAUAGCGGCGCAUAUCCGCACGGGCAUGAUAUCCGUGGGCAUUGGCGCCGGCAUGGAAAGCAUGACGAGGAACUAUGGCAGUCGUGCUGUUCCCGUGGACGUGUGGCCCGACCUGAAGGAGUCACCUGUCAAGGAUGCACGGGACUGCAUCAUGCCGAUGGGUUUGACGAGCGAGAACGUCGCGAGCCGGUAUGGCGUGUCGAGAUCGGAUCAGGAUGCCUUUGCGGCGGCUUCGCACCUCCGUGCUAGUGAUGCGCGGAAGAAGGGCCUUUUCGACGAGGAGAUUGUCCCUGUGACGACGCGCUUCCAGGAGGUGGAUAAGCAGGGCAACAAAGUUGGCGAGGAGCAGCGCAUCACGGUUACGCAGGAUGACGGAAUACGGGAUGCCAUCUCGACGGAGGCGUUGGCCAAGCUUAAACCUGCGUUUAAGCCGGACGGUGCGUCUACAGCAGGAAAUUCAAGCCAGGUUUCUGACGGGGCGGCUGCCACUGUGCUUAUGAGACGGAGCACCGCUACGCAGCUCGGUCUGGGUGAUUAUAUUCUGGGCAAAUUUGUGUCGGGCGUGGUGGUGGGCUGUGCGCCGGACGAGAUGGGUGUAGGCCCGGCGCUUGCGAUACCGAAGUUGCUGGAGAUGCAUGGGUUGGAGACCAGCGACGUGAAUCGGUGGGAGAUCAACGAGGCGUUUGCGAGCCAGGCGUUGUAUUGUCUGAGGGAGUUGGGGCUGGAAGAGGCGUGGGCGGACGGGAGGGUGAAUCCGACGGGUGGUGCUAUCGCCUUGGGACAUCCGCUGGGGGCGACGGGGGCGAGGAUGACGAGCACGUUGGUGCAUGGGAUGAGGAGGGAUGGCGAUGACUUGGGUGUUGUGAGUAUGUGUGUUGGGACGGGGAUGGGGAUGGCGGGUUUGUUUGCGAGGGAGUAG